GAGGAAAUAUGGCGAUCUUCAGUGUGUAUGUUGUCAAUAAGGCUGGCGGACUCAUGUACCAGCACGAUAAUUACGUGCCUCGGGCUGAAGUGGAGAAAACCUUCAGCUUUCCUCUUGAUUUAGUAUUAAAGAUUCAUGAUGAGAAAGUUAUUGUUUCAUUCGGUCAGCGGGAUGGCAUCAGAGUGGGUUACGCGGUUCUGUCCAUUAAUGGGGUGGAUGUGAAUGGUAAAUACACGGCGGAGGGGAAGGACAUACAGGAGUAUCUGAAAGAUCCUGCGAACUAUCCGGUAUCCAUCAGAUUCGGCCGACCUCGACUUUCCUCCAAUGAGAAACUCAUGCUGGCGUCUAUGUUUCACUCACUGUUUGCCAUCGGAUCACAGUUAUCACCUGAGGUUGGCAGCUCUGGUAUUGAAAUGCUGGAGACAGAUGUGUUUAAACUGCACUGCUUUCAGACACUCACAGGAAUAAAGUUUAUUGUAUUGGCAGACCCACGACAGACUGGUAUUGAUGCUCUCUUAAGAAAGAUUUAUGAAAUCUACUCUGACUUUGCACUGAAGAAUCCUUUUUACUCUUUAGAGAUGCCUAUCAGAUGUGAGCUUUUUGACCAAAAUCUGAAGAGUGCCCUGGAAAUAGCAGAGAAAGCUGGUACAUUUGGACCGGGUUCCUAAACUGGCCCUUCAUAGAGUAUAUUCAUUCACCUGAUGGGAUCUCUAGAAUUUCUGCAAUCAACCUUGUCCUGAAAAAUGGUUGCAGGCAUAAGGAUUUCUUUCUGUCAACAUUUAAAGGAAGAGGAACAAGACUGUUGCUUGAGUUCAAACGAGUGAACUAAGUUUAAAGACCACUAUGACUGCCUCUUUUACAUUCUUCUUUAAAUUUCUUUUCAAGUAUAAGCAAUCCCAAAUUUGCAGUGAGAAAAUAAAGGGUUUAAGAACCCUUUGUAAAUAAUGUAUAUGGACACCGUGUAAGUUAAGAGUCAUGGUACUCUUAUGCAGUGCUUAAAAACAAGAUGGAGCAACUCAAAGUUUGGCUACAUUAUGUAUCGUUCAUAUAAAUGUCAUGUUUAAUAGCAUCUAUCCAAAUGAAAUCUGAAAUGUGGUUUUAGUUUGCGGAGUAUGAUGAUGUGGCUUCUUCUGGGUUCAAUACAAUUUAAGCUCAAUAACUUGUAUUUGUGGCAAAAUGUUGAUUAGCACAAAAGAUAAUUUUCUUAAAAAAAUAAAAUCUGUGUUACAGUGAAGCACUUACAAUGGAAGUGAAUGUCGGCCAUUUGUUGGAGGGUUUAAAGGCAGAAAUGUGAAGCUUAUAAUUUUAUAAAUCCUUUACAUUAACUCUCAUGAAUUAUUUGUGCUGUGAAGUUUUUGUAAAUUGUUGUUUUUACAGUCUUUUGGGGGUUUUAGGGUUUACGGUGUUAUGUUGUCAUGGUAACAAAGUUGUAAAAUUGGGCAUCAUUUUACACAGAAAGCGUUCGCGAUCUUAUCGCAUUAAAAUCAUGUUAACACGGAAAUUGUUUGUCGUGUGGUUAUACUUUUGAAACUCGUUUUAAGCCCUAUUCACUUCCAUUGUAAGUGCCUCACUGUAACCUCCAUAUUUUGCUUCAUUUUCUUUUUUUUAAAGAAAAGGAAGGACUAUUCGAAAUGCAUUUUUGUGGUAAUCAACAUUAUGCAACAAUUGCUGUCGAUUGAGCUAAACUUGUAUUGAACCCUGAAUAUUCCUAGGUUAAAUGAAGUAAAAACAAAACGUUUCUCAAAUUCAAAUAAAGGUCAAACAAGGCAUUUAUAUAAGGAACAUGCAAACAAGUACAGCAUAAUGUGUGGAGCAAGUGGAGGCUCAUCCAUACAGGUCUCCUUAAGCAACGGAGAUCCGUGAUCCACUCACAACUCACCACACGCCCCAUUGAGCGCGAGAACCACUAAUUGUGACCACGAGGAGGUUGCCCCAUGUGACUCUACCCUCUCUAGCAACUGGGCCAAUUUGGUUGCUUAGGAGACCUGGCUGGAGUCCCUCAGCACACCCUGGAUUCAAACUUGCGACUCCUGGGGUGGUAGUCCACGUCAAUACCCGCUGAGCUAUCCAGGUCCCUUGUCUCGCAUUUAUUUAUUUAUUUAUAUGAACUAAUUUCAGUGUGCAAUUAAACAAUCAUGUGAUAACACAUUGUCACAUAUUUCAUCAUAGACAUUUAUUAAUUUGUUAUAGUACACCAAUACAGAGGUAGGACCAGAUAAAGCUCUGAAAAUUAUGAAAUAUUUUUUUUCCUUGCCGAUUUAAGGUAUUUUGUUAAUACCGCUGAGGAAAUGGUGUUCCAAGUGUUUAGUGAUCAGUUUUAAAUACUGCCAUCCAUUCUAAAGAUGAAAACAGAAUAAAUAACAAAAUGUCCAUCUGAGAGCAAUGGCCACAACAUCCUAUUUUGUACAUUGGUAAAGAUAAAAUGUCUGGAGAGUGGAUGUCUAGAUAUUUAUACAAAAAUUGUGAAAAAAGUGAAACUGGUCAGAAUGCACAUAUGCCAAGAAAAAAGUCCCGGAAAAUGUGCUGAUGUAACUUGCAUUUGUAAGUUAAAACAAUGAAAGUCUUUUUCACUUC